UCCACUGCCCGGUCUACCCACUCGCAGCCUAGAGUCACUUCUCUCCCCUUUCCUGCCUGGGGCUUCCGUUCCCAGCGCCAACACCCGACCCCAUUCUUCUCUCGGUGGGAAGGCUCGGGGGAGAACGCAGUCCAGCGGGCAGGGCGCAUGCGCCCAAGGCGCCCGCUCCGGCGGCGAGCGCGGCUGGCCGGUCUCCGGGCGCAUCCCGCCCUACGCAUGCGCAGACGAUAAACCAACGCCCGGGAGUUGAGGCGCGGAUUUGGUGGCGCGUUUUAGCAAAGUCGCACGUGAAGAUUAGCGGAGGCCGGGGCCGACCCAACAAUGGCAGUUUCGGGCAUCAGUCCACCAGGGGGCAGACACCUGUUUAAAGCCACAUUGCUGGUCCUAGUGGCCCUAAUCCUCCUCCACUUGGCGUCCUCCCAGUCCCACCGAGACUUCGCACCACCAGGUCAGCAGAAGAAGGAGGCCUCAGCCGACCUCUUGACUCAGAUAGGUCGAUCACUGCGGAGGACACUGGACAACUGGGUGGGGCCCGAGACCAUGCACGUGGUCUCAGAGACGCUGUCGCAGGUGAUGUGGGCCAUCUCGUCAGCCAUCUCCGUGGCCUUCUUUGCCCUGUCUGGGAUCGCCGCACAGCUGCUGAAUGCCCUGGGGAUAGAUGGUGACCGCCUCACCCAGGUCCUGAAGCUCAGCCCUGGCCAGGUCCAGACCUUCCUGCUGUGGGGAGCAGGGGCCCUGGUCACCUACUGGCUGCUGUCCCUGCUCCUUGGCUUGCUCUUGGCCUUGCUGGGGCGCAUCCUGGGGGGCCUGAAGGUUGUGAUCUUCUUGGCUGGCUUCGUGGCCCUGGUGAGAUCGGUGCCUGACCCCUCCACCCGGGCCUUGCUGCUCCUGGCCCUGCUGACUCUCUAUGCCUUGCUGAGCCGGCUCACUGGCACCCGAGCCUCGGGGGCUCAAUUGGAAGCCAAGGUGCGAGGGCUGGAGCGCCAGGUGGAAGAGCUGCGCUGGCGACAGAGGCGAGCGGCCAAGGGGCCCCGGAGUGUGGAAGAGGAGUGACAGGAUGCCCCACGGUGCCACCUGUACUGUACCAAAGAGCUGAGCUGUUCCUGGUCGCACAGCCCUCUUCGCAGCCCCUGCCCUUUCCCCGCCCUCUGGACCUUCAGAAUCUUUAUCCCGGCCCCAGCCCCCACCGCUCCUCCGUCUGCCGAGGCUGUUCCUGGGGGCUUAGCUCUCCUAAGCCUCUCUGCUCCCAGUCCGUCUCCACCAGGGCAGGUCUGGGGCCUCCACCCUGGCUUCGUGUCCGCCCUCAGCCUACACUGCUGCUGCCGGCCCCGGGCUUCCCUGGCUCCCCUCUGCUGUGCCUGGCUGCCCCCCAAAGCUCUGGCUUUUUGACCUAUGCAGCUUCAGCCCCCUUCCUUUUUCUCUUCCCUCCAGCCCUGUACUCACUAAACCACAGUCCCUAGGGGCCUGCUCCUGUCCUCAUGGCCCAGCAGCAGGAAGAGGCAGGGGACAUGGGACCUGAGGAUGAGGGAGGAGAAUUGGGGUCCUCAGAGGCCUGUGGGGCUUGGGGAAACGGUGGACCUUAGUCUGUUUCAAGUGCCUUAAUCCGAGCCAGCAGGGCCCUCUGCUGGCCGAUGCCAUACCGUACGUAGGAGUGUGCUGUGGCUGCUUUGUGUGCAGAAGAGAGAGUCCCUCAGAAGCUUGAUUUCUCUUCAGCCAAAGCAAGAGAUGGCUGCUGCCUCAUAGACCUGUGUCCACCCAUGGGGCCCUGUCAGGUGCUCUCUGGGGAUCUCAGAGACCCUGAAGGAGGCAGGAGGAGCCACCUCCUUGUCUGCACAGUGGCAAACCAUUCUGUUCUGUUGUCCUUCCACUCCUGCCAUCAGGAGCAGUUGCUGGUCAGUGUCUGCCCCACAGCUGGGAAGGGACAGGGUGGGCCUGCCGCUGACCCCUCUCCAUCGGGGCACUCACUCUUGGUAGUUAGGGGUCACUUCUUCCUGUGAGGCCCUGGCGGAGGUAGGAGUCCUCUGCCAGCCUGGCACCGAUGUGAAGAAUCCAUGCCCAGUUCUCACUAUCGAGGUUUGAUGUGGAAUCACGACUGCAGUGAUAUAUAUUUUUUCAGCGCUUGGUUGGUUUUAAAUAAACUGCACGCUAUUUUAUUAUCUUGUUCUGAAUAAAAUGUAUUUACUCAAA